CUGACUUGAUUCUAUAUGCUGGCCAGCAAUACAAGUUUCCAGCUUCCAAGCUUACUUAGCACAAGCGUGCUUGAAGAUGAAGAAGGGGCUCUGUCUGAGGAGGAAAGGAAUUUUGAGGCCGUUACUCCAGAGCGUGAUGUUCAAGAUGAUGAUCACGAUAUAAGUGCUACUCAGACAUCCGCUGAGAAGCAUCGGCAUAUACUGGAAGAUGUUGAUGGUGAGCUUGAGAUGGAGGAUGUAGCCCCACCAUGCGAGGACGAAGGAAAUCCCCCAUCACAAGUUGCAAAAGGCGAUGGUUCAUGUGCUUCUAUUCAUCAACCUGGUUGCCAAGAUCCGCAAGACUUUCCGCCCCCCCUCCCUGAGGAUACACCGCCGUCUCCUCCCCCGUUACCAUCGUCUCCUCCACCUUCGGUCCCCCCUUGUCCUGCUCCCGUAUCAUCUGUGCCCCAACUCCAAUCAGGAUAUCACACUCCUGCCGAUCCAGCUGAGUCGCAUCUAUCAAGUGGUACUCAUAACCCUCAAAAUCAACAAUCUCAAUGUAAUGCCUGUCGACCUCAUAAACCAAGUGAGUUGAAUCCAAAUGUGAUAUCCUCAGAGCCCAUGCAAUUUUACAAUUCUGGUUUUGGAGGACAUCAUCCAGCGCAGUUGCCGCCACCGCCGCCGCCGCCGCUGCCGCCACCUGUCGUGCCUGUCGGUCCUCCUGGAUCGUACGGCAACUUCUCUGUUCCUCAUCCGCCUGUGCAUCCUGGGAAUAACUUUCAACCAUUGCCACCGCCUCCUCCAGCAGUUUCAAAUCAGUUCUCCUUUGUUCAGCCUGAACGGCAACAAAGAAUUCAGUCGUGGGGUAGUAGCUGUUCGUACUCUGAGAGGUAUCAUCAGCAUAAUUUGCAUGAUAGAGGAGACUUCUAUGGUGAUAGAAAUGUCAACGGACCAAUGCAGCAUGAGAUUGUUGAAAGGGCCAAAUAUACUGCUCCCAUUCAACCACCAGCUCCCUCUAUGCCGGACCAGUUUGGAGAACCGCCUGCCUCUUUGUCACACUAUGGGCCACCGCUGGAUCCUGCCACAAUUCCAUGCCCUAGGUGGUCUCAUCAUCCCAGGAUAUCCAGUUACCCUUUACCUCCGCCGCCACCUCGACCUGCAGCGGAUACUUCAGGAGCUUCUGGAUACUGGAGACCAAGAUAAUGAAUUGGCUAUAUUAUACGGUCUCGAUGACUGGCGCUUGAUAUUCAGCGGCCUGCUCAGGCAGUUCUGUUACUGUGAGAAGCCCAUGUAUCUUCCAUCGCAGAUGGAAAAAGAAAAAAAAGAAAAAGCUGGAAGAUACAUCUAUGCCGCAUUGUACAUAUGUAUUCUACCAUUAUUCUGCAAAAAUGCAGAAGCGGAAGAACAGUCGACUGUGCGGAGGAGAGCUGUAUCAUUACGACGAUAGGCUGUUAUGUAUCGUCUAUUUAUCCAACAGCUUUACACUGCUAGUUCUAAUAGUCUUUUGUCCUCUCAGAAAAUUUCUUGCUAUUUUUGUCCAUUCUUCCGUGUCCUUUUCCUGAUUUAGUAACUCUUUUAACUUUUUACAGGUCCUUUGUUUAGCUGACAGGGCCCCUAAUAUACAUAACCUAAAUUGGUAUAGUAUUUGUAGCUCAAUUGUCAACUGCUGUUGUUGUUUAAAAUUUAUUAUCAAUGCCCAGUUUUCUUGCAGUGUUCUGGUGUUGUCUCUCUCGUAUACUUCAAACCUUUUCUAUUUCAGGUUACAGUGUACAGAGGCCCCAUAGACUGUAGGCAAUUUUGAAAUUGGCAU